UCCGCAUACCUCAAAUUGUUCCUUUUUGUUAUAAAUGGAGUAUAAAGGAAAUUACACCAACAUUUCCUUUGAGAAAUGAAUAUCUCAGAAAGAUUAAUCCAAAAGAGUUUUACAACAAUUGUAUGAAGCCAGAUACAUACGAACUCUUAGAUGUCUUGUCGCGCCAAACCGAAGAUGAUAUAAUUUGGGAGCCAUAUAUAGAGAUUCAGGUCCCUGAACAAUACAUCUCUCAAAUGUUCAUAUUCAAAUCUAUGACCACGGCAUUUACAAGAUCUAAUGCCGUUAACCAUACACCGAAUGUGGCUUAUCGGCAAAUUAUGGAUAAGGAACCCAGAAAGUUGAUUGUUAAUCAAUUGAAUGCUUACCUCCCAAAAAUCACAAAAAAGCGUGGCCGAAGUUUUUCAAAAGAUAUUAAAUUGUGGUUAAAAAGCUGGGAAUCAAGAAAAUUACAUAUAAUAUCUAUUGAUAACUUGCCUUCACCGCAACCACAUAACAUGGGUAUGGAGAGUGAUUUGAAUCAAGACAGAGUUUUGGUACCAAAUAGAACUCACGUUACAAAUUUGAAGAACAAGCUAAUUGUUUUUGAUCUAAACGGAGUCUUGGUAGAUUGUGUGACCGAUGAUAAGAAACUUAACCCAGAUUUUGUGUUUAACAAAACAGCAGUUUUCGCGAGGCCUUCGUAUCUUGAGUUCCUGGAGUUUUGCUUUGAUAAUUUUGAAGUUGGCAUAUGGUCUUCAAAGUUUAAGACAAAUAUUGACAAGAUACUUGACUUUUUUAUGAAAGAUUUGAAACACAAGUUUCUUUUUCGUUGGGACCAGUCUCACUGCACCACAACAACUAUCCCCACUCCUGAAAACCCUGACAAGAACAUAAUGUUUAAAGAGUUGGAGAAACUUUGGGAUAAGGAGGAUCCCAACCUUUGUUGGGAGAAAGGAUUUUUUAACGAAUCAAAUACAUUGUUAAUAGACGAUUCUCCCUAUAAGGGAAUGUUGAAUCCUGAAUAUAAUGUGAUCUAUCCCGACACAUUCAAAUAUUGGAUUGGAAAAUGGGACAAAAGUUUAGCUAAAGGAGGGGAGUUAAGGGACUUUCUGGAAGGUUUAGCCAAGGCUGAUGACAUACGUGAUUACGUCAGAGAGAAAUCAAUUGGCAGACCCGCCGUUACUACGAUAAAUGACGAUAACUACCGAUAUUUCGAAGCAAAAAACAGUGUUUCUUAGUUUGGGCAUGUGUUCUUUUA